GCUGCCGCUACCUCUGCAGGCUGUAUGAGGAGGAGGAGGAGGAUGUGAAGAUGGCGGAGCUGCAGAUGCUGCUGGAAGAGGAAAUCCCGGGGGGCCGCCGGGCCCUCUUCGACAGUUACACGAAUCUGGAACGGGUGGCCGAUUACUGCGAGAACAACUACAUUCAGUCAGCAGAUAAGCAGCGAGCCCUAGAAGAAACCAAAGCCUACACCACUCAAUCCUUAGCAAGUGUUGCCUAUCUGAUAAACACCUUGGCCAACAAUGUCCUGCAGAUGCUGGAUAUCCAGGCAUCCCAGCUACGAAGGAUGGAAUCUUCUAUCAAUCAUAUUUCACAAACAGUUGAUAUUCAUAAAGAGAAAGUGGCAAGAAGAGAAAUUGGUAUUUUGACUACCAAUAAAAACACUUCAAGGACACACAAGAUUAUUGCUCCUGCAAACCUCGAACGCCCAGUUCGUUAUAUUAGGAAACCUAUUGACUAUACAAUUCUAGAUGAUAUUGGACAUGGAGUAAAGUGGUUGCUUAGAUUUAAGGUGAGUACCCAGAAUAUGAAGAUGGGUGGGCUACCGCGUACAACACCUCCAACUCAGAAACCCCCCAGUCCACCUAUGUCAGGGAAAGGGACACUUGGGCGGCACUCCCCCUAUCGCACACUGGAGCCAGUGCGUCCUCCAGUGGUACCAAAUGAUUACGUACCUAGCCCAACCCGUAAUAUGGCUCCCUCGCAGCAGAGCCCUGUGAGGACAGCUUCUGUGAAUCAAAGAAAUCGAACUUACAGCAGCAGUGGGAGUAGUGGAGGAAGCCACCCAAGUAGUCGGAGCAGCAGUCGGGAGAACAGUGGAAGUGGGAGUGUGGGGGUUCCUAUUGCUGUUCCUACUCCAUCUCCUCCCAGUGUCUUUCCAGCCCCUGCUGGCUCUGCUGGCACCCCUCCCCUUCCUGCUACUUCUGCAUCUGCCCCUGCCCCUCUUGUUCCUGCUACUGUCCCAUCCUCUACUGCCCCAGAUGCUGCUGCUGGGGGUGCCCAGACCCUUGCUGAUGGCUUCACCUCUCCAACUCCCCCUGUUGUUUCUUCCACUCCCCCUACAGGUCAUCCUGUUCAGUUCUACAGCAUGAAUAGGCCUGCCUCUCGCCAUACUCCCCCAACAAUAGGGGGCUCCUUGCCCUAUAGACGCCCUCCUUCCAUAACUUCACAAACAAGCCUUCAGAAUCAGAUGAAUGGAGGACCUUUUUAUAGCCAGAAUCCAGUAUCUCUUGCUCCUCCUCCUCCCUCCAUCCUACAGGUAACUCCUCAGUUACCUUUAAUGGGAUUUGUGGCCAGAGUCCAAGAAAAUAUUUCAGAUACACCACCUCCACCACCACCUGUGGAAGAACCAGUCUUUGAUGAAUCUCCUCCUCCACCACCUCCCCCAGAAGAUUAUGAAGAGGAGGAAGCAGCUGUGGUUGAAUAUAGUGAUCCUUAUGCUGAAGAAGACCCCCCAUGGGCUCCAAGAUCUUACUUGGAAAAGGUUGUGGCAAUUUAUGAUUAUACAAAAGACAAGGAAGAUGAGCUGUCCUUUCAGGAAGGCGCCAUUAUUUAUGUCAUCAAGAAGAAUGACGAUGGUUGGUAUGAGGGUGUUAUGAACGGAGUGACUGGGCUCUUCCCCGGGAAUUAUGUUGAGUCCAUCAUGCAUUAUUCUGAAUAAGGCUCAGCAGGGCUGUGCUUCCCUUGCAGGAAUAGUCAGGUCUUCCCAGAUUAUCUGAAAGCCCUGGGGUUUCCCUCCAGUGAAAUAGAACGAUGGAUACAAAUGAUAAAAACUACUUCCUUUUUAAAAUUUUUUGUUUUAUGCCCUAGUAUUAAAACAAAAAAGCAAGUUGAGUCAGAAUGAAUGGAUCUUUCUGCCAUCAUUUGUACUAUGCUGAGCUAUCUGAAUUGAAAUAAAAUGGCCAUUUCUGAAUAUGUCAAAGGCAUAACAACAAUGUAACUGUGUAGCUAAAACAAGUCAAAUUAAGACUGAUUCAGAAAACAAGUCUGGGAUCUUUCUCAGGAAUUUAUUCACCCUUGGAAUUUCUUCUGCAGAAUCUGGCAUUGGAUAUUCUUCAUUGCCUGUGCUAAGGGGGUUAACCUUAAGGCCCAGUGGGUAGCCUAGCCUCUCACUUUCUUCCACGUGUGUGAAGGAGGAAAUUAAUAUUUGGAUACUCUGCCUAACCAUUUUUACAGUUAUUUCAGAUGACUUUUCCCCUAAACACUGUAAAUUCUGGAUUCUCUUAGCACUUGAGUGCCCCAAGCGAGUGAAUGCUGAACUCACGUCCCUUCAUGUUUCUCAGUUUGUAGAUUACAAGGACGAUGAGGAAAUGGGAAAGUCUCCAAACAUUCCAUGGGUGGUUAACAGUGGCCGGUUUGAUUUUAGUGUGCUGCUGCAUGUGACUGCAGUGCCGCUAGUGGCCAGCGCACCCGAUGGGGACUGUGCUGGGCUGGUUCCAUUGCUGAGCUGCUGAAGAGGCUGAACUGGGGCAGGUGCUCUCGGGCAUCCUGAACCCUUGCCCUUAGGUGCUGUUUUGAGGAGUAGAAUCUCGGAAGUCAGACCAACUAUUACUUUUUUUCACUACUUAGAAUACUGUUUCUUUUUUUUUUUUUUUUGCAAGAGAAUAGCAAUUAUUUUCAAGUCUCUUGAGAGUCACUGGGAAUAACAGGCUAGCUCGUGUUCUUCUAAAAGUUAAUGGCCCCAGAUCAGCUGCUACUGAGUCACUUAGUCACUGAGCUCUAGGAAAAGGUAAAUACUCUCCUGAUUUUGCGUGAUUGGACUCUGAAGUAGCUGCUCCCGGUAAGAACUGAACUUUCUAUCUCAGAUGAAGAGUAUAAUAGUGAGAUAAGAUUACUAGGCCAAAAAAGUUAUCCAGUCACAUUGGUAAAACUGACGUAACUCUGAAAUGAUCAGUAUCUCCUGCCAACCUGUGCAAUUCGGUCGUCAUAUUCAGGGAGCUUGUAGAGCAGGUGUCUCUAAUCAUCUCUUCUGUCAUCAAUAAAAAGAAACACUGCGAGAGUUCAGGAGGGCCUUCUGCUCAGCAGAGUACUGUGAGGACGGGCCAGCUCAGGGCUGCCAGUGUGGGUUCCUCCCAGGCUCUACCAGAGCAGAGCUUUGCCAGGCACCUUCCCCAUGCAGGAUGAAGGGAAAAGGCUGCACGUGUUUCACAGAGGCCUUGAACAUGACAAGUAGUGCAGAUAGAUGAACUUGACUGAAAAAAAGAGUGUCUUAGUGUGUGAGGGAAUUCAGAUGGUGUGGGCACUUAUAAGCUGUCAUCUGAGAUAAACCUUGAUCACUAAGACCCAGCUGUAAAGUUUCCUUAUCAAGACUAUUAAAACUGCAAUUUUAAGAAACAUUUUCCAACUGAGCUACUUUGCUUUGAGCUUCUCCCACCAUUUUGGAGUGAGCGCUCAUUAACUUGCCUUCAGGACACAUUCCACUUUAUGCUUUUGAUAGUUCAUCUCGGCAUCCUUUAUUCUCUGUUUAUUUCAGAGUAAUGGCCCUGAAAGUCCUCUGAGCCUGUAGCUCCAUUAUGGGCCCAAAUUAGACUCUACUUGGAUAAGGUUAAACUCUUCUUAGUCCUGAAGUAAAACGAAAGAGUUUUAAAAUCAGUUCUUCACUUAUUUAAAUAGCUGUUUGCUUGGAAAGCUUAGUGGUAAUAAGGCAGAGGGUAUUUUGAAAUCCAACAAAUAGUUCCCACGACUCACCACUACAGGAGAGAGGACCCCUUUGCAGGCAGCAGAGCUGGUGGCCCUGAGCAGGACUGCAGCUGGCCUGCUGGACUCCUGCGGGGUUGAGACAGCACAGCCACUGGGGAAGGCCUGCAGUGGGGAUCCUUAGUCAACCGGUUUCCUCUUAUAUUUAGUGCUCUCUGUGAUUUGUGUUUUACAGACAAUACUUGGUUUUCUGCAUAUCUUUAUUAUUUUUGUACAGUUUAAAUUCUAUAGAUUGUCUUGGAUGGGUACUAUGUGAUGAUGAUGGGCCAGGCCUACGAUAAUUGGAGACUUUUAAUGUAUGUAAUGUCUCAUAGAUUGCAUGCUAUUAAUAGUCUGUGAGGGUAGUACGUCCUGUUUCCCCCAUUUUCUUUUAUAAAUGAUUGGGUUGUUGGAAAAGUGAUGAUGCAUUGCAUAGAGAAAACAUGACUUUUCCAGUGACUCAAUAAAAGAUGGUUGGCAUUAGAAAUUCUGAAUGAGUGCAGAGAAAUGGUACGUGCUGCACACCAUUAAUAUUGUAGCAAAGACCAGUAAUUCUAAAAUCCAAGUCUAAAAUCUGACCAGUACGUGACCAUUUUAUCAGGCGAGAGGGAAUCUGAGGGGAUUCUUCUCUCCUGAAAUAUUUUGACUGUGUCCAUUCUUUAAAAAAGGAGUGACAGAAUAGUUCCGUUUUGCUAUUAAUAUUUGAAAGCCUAUGGGGAUGUGAAUGAAAAUACACUUUGUCUUUGACCCUUAGGGCCAUGGCAAUAAAUCAGAAACAAAAAUAGUGCCAAUGUGUCAAAAUCUAGACGUGAAAGAUUCAGGCUGCUGUGUGUGAAAUAAAUAUGAAUCUUUUAAGAUGUCAUGUUAGGUAUCUUCCAUUUUUUUGGCUACUUCCUUUCUGUCUCCCUCAGAGGCACCUGCUGCUCCCAGCUUAGGGUGGGUAAGGGCCUGUUGAUUUUGCUGUGUUCCUAAGUAUCAACUGGGUGUAAGACAUUUUCAUCCUUUCCUUUCCUUCCUUCCUUCUGCUGCAGUUACUGCCCACUAGACAGAAUGUCUGCACCUUUACAGUGAUGCUGCAAUGUCGCUGUGCUCCUUAGCAGUUUCUAUUGAUUAAAGACACUUGGGAGCCAUCAAAAUGAUGGUAGCUCGCAUUUGUUUUCAUUUUCUCUUAGCAGGUGAUCUUUCUGCAUUAAGAACUCUUCUUUUACCUUUAGUUACCUCUUCUUGGUGGAGGGAGCGAGGCAUGUCCUGGAAAGUGGUUUGAUGGAGGGACUGGUAGGUGACUCUGGGAUCUGUUCACUUGUGAACUUUCUGACCAGGAACCUCCUGAUUGGUGUUAAGGUGAUAAUUUCCCUCACAUGAUUUACUUAGACUCCUAGAAUUUUGGAGCUGAGCAUUUUAAAAACUUCUAUUUGGUCUCAUUGACUAACGAGUGUUAGCUGUUUCUCGUGCAAUGAGCAGCUACUCAAGGUAGUUCCUGACUCAGUGUUCCAUACUCUUUCCACUGCACCACAACUGUCUUAACUAAAUGUGCUGUUUUCUUAAGUUUGGAGUUUUACUUGAUGUUUUCAGGAAUAUACUUGAAAAGACAUGCCAUGUUUUGAUAAAUACCAUCACAGUAUUCAGACUGUUUAAAGGAGUGUACUAAAUGCAAUCUUAAAGAAAAUCAUUUACCCCUUUUAAAACUAUACUCAGAACUCUUCCAUAAGGUGGGUGUGGCAGAGACAAGUUUAUUAGUUGGACACUGGCAGGAGCACGGUACAGCAAACGGCUUGACUUGAGAGAGCCUGUUAGUAAAUGGAGGCAUCGAGCUCAUUACCUCUGAGUUUAUGCUGAUCUUCUACUUUUAUUGACAUGCUCAUAAUUCUAAAAAAAAAAAAAGAAAAAACUACAAAUGAAGUGACAGGGCCUAGCUGUGUAUAAAUGAUCCUUGCUAAAUCUCUUAAGGUUUUUUGUAAAAAAAAAAAAAACAAAAAAACAAACUUAUUACUUUUCUAAAAUGAAACCUCUUUUGCAACUUCAGAAUUCAGAAAAGCAGUUUUUAUCAUAUUUUGUGUCCAUGUACUUUUCCUAACAAAGUGGUUUACAAAAAGAAUGUGAACAAUUUGUGAUCUGGCCAGUUGUACUCUUUUGCUCCCAGAGGGGAGUGGAUGGUGUCGUGCGCUGAGAAACGUUCAGGACACUGUGAGGGAGCCGUCUGUUGCCAGUCAUGUUUCCUGUGUGUGCCAUUAAGUCACCUCCAGACAAGUGGGGGAACAUUCACUUUUUAAUUUUUUAAUUGUAUUUGGAAUUAAUUGUUGCUGUGUACUAAGAACUUGACCUAAAUAAAAUCCCACAAAGUAUA